GAAAUACAUCUCCUGUGCCUCCGGAGGGUUGUGAGCGGCGGUGCUUUUCACGUACCUGGACAAGAACGCUUCACAUGAGAGCUUCCUUGGAAAAUGGGAGGAGCCGAUGGAUAUCAAAGCCUGUGAGCUGAAGCGAGAGCCAGACAAGGGGAGUUUGGCGGGGGCGAUUUCGAAUUCAGGCUUCAUCGAACGCUGGUUCAAGAACCCCCCCCAGGAGAGCGACGAGCGUUAUUCUAGGACGGUCGAGCGUAUCUUCCUGAAGCCCUUCGGACUUUUUGACCUAAAGAAGUUUUUCUCGCUAGACCAGGCUACCGUUAGGGAGAUUCUCCAGUAUAAUACUAAUACGAAGCUGCAAAAGAAAGAUUUUUACACUGCCAAGGGCAUCAAGGGCUAUGACUAUCGCCCGUACCUUCUGAUCGGUGGGACUAUCUUUAUUCGACGCAAAGAAAAGGCAAAGUUGCUCAACUUCUUCUACCCGAAGCCAGCCCGCUACCACUUCGAGAUGACACCACUAUAUAUUGGCUCGGGCGCUUUCCAUUUCAAUGCUGGCCCUAAGGGCCGUCGACCUUGCUGAGAAGGGGUGGAACUACGAGAAGAAUGUUGUUUUCAAUGGGGGCGACGAGACGUUCGAAACAUUCAAGAACAAGCUGAUCGAAAAGCAUGAGAAAAAUGUUCCCCCCUUCAACGACGAAAAAUAAGCCAAAAAAAGUAUGGCUUGAUGAGCCACAAGGAAGCAAUAAAAAAGAUACGACGAUCCUGAACUCGAAUCAGACAGGACGCGCCUGCACUUAUUGACUUGGAUCCAGUGUAUGUAGAUGUUAGCACGCAGACAUUUAUGAUAUAAACGCACUCC